GGGGUAGAGUUUAAUUUUUAGUAUUAUGCAUAAAUAUCCCUGGAACCAUACAGAAAGUAUUGUUCACUUCAGCCAUGGUGGCAUAAUCCUGGAAUUUUUGAGAAGGGUGGCAACGUGCGCUGUUUGCUAAAGCCAUGCUGGUUUUAUUUCUUUGCAGAUUGAAAAGGGAUUGUCUGUACUAACUCCAGCUGGAUUUAUUCUUAGGAAAUAAGUUACCUUAAAAAACCACCUUACAGGGAACUAUCUAGUUUAAGCAUCACCAAUUGUUGUGUCGUAGAAGUAAAGCAGUGCUUAAGGCAGUAUUCUGGUUAGAUGGUGAGUUUUGUUUUCUGAGAUAGAAAAUGGUCCUUUCCAUGCAUAGAGGGUCCCAGCUGUGAGCGGAGAACCUGCACAAUUGGCAUAAAAACGUCCUUGGUUAAAGAAGAAAAGCUCUGUGUCUGCUUUGUUCAUGUGUGUAGCUGUGAAAAUCGUUGUAACUCCGUAAGGUAAUGUGCAAUCAGCUGAGAUUCCAGGCGGAGGCAGGCAGCGAGCCCUUUGACCUCAUGGUCUAAUCAGUCAACAUUUAUUUGCAUAUGCUGUGUCACGCUGAUGGACUGCAGUAGGAACACUGAUUGCAAGUGCUGUGUGAGUGUACAUUAGUGGGACUCUGUGUUGUGGUCAUGUUUGUUACCACGUUACGUUUGUUUUUUUUAAUACAUGUAGAGAGGUGUGGGCAUAGGUCAUGUUUUAAAUAAAGAAGUCAGCACUGCACUUUCUUGGCUGUUGAUCCAGCACCACUGCAGUUUGGGGAAGCUGUUUGGCUUCUGAGCAGAAUAUGAAAUGUUUUGGUUGCUCACAGUGAAAGAGGAGAAACCGGAAGAGAGAGACCCGCUCUCAGACUUACAAGACAUCAGUGACAGUGAGAGAAAAACAAGCUCAGCUGAGUCUUCAUCAGCAGAAUCUGGGUCGGGCUCAGAAGAGGAGGAAGAAGAGUCGAGCAGUGAAGGAUCUGAGGAAGAGGGAGAAGAAGAGGAGGAGGAGGAGGAGGAGACGGGGAGCAAUUCUGAGGAGGUGUCGGAGCAGUCAGCGGAAGAGGUGAGCGAAGAAGAAAUGAGUGAAGAGGAAGAACGGGAGAAUGGGAACCACAUCCCAGUUGUUACAGAGUCGAGAUUCGAUCGCGAUUCAGCAGGCAGCGAGGUGGAGGAAGAGGAGGUGGGGGAGGGCAGCCCCCAGUCCAACGCCAUGACGGAAGGAGACUACGUUCCUGACUCCCCAGCCUCUUCCCCUAUUGAACUGAAGCAAGAGCUUCCUAAAUAUCUUCCUGCACUCCAGGGAUGCCGAAGUGUGGAGGAGUUCCAGUGUUUGAACAGGAUUGAGGAGGGAACGUACGGCGUGGUGUACAGAGCAAAAGACAAAAAGACUGAUGAAAUCGUGGCUUUGAAGAGACUGAAAAUGGAGAAGGAAAAGGAAGGCUUCCCCAUUACUUCUCUCAGAGAAAUAAAUACUAUUCUGAAAGCACAGCACCUAAAUAUCGUCACUGUCAGAGAAAUCGUUGUAGGCAGUAAUAUGGAUAAAAUCUAUAUCGUUAUGAACUACGUGGAACAUGAUCUCAAGAGCCUGAUGGAAACGAUGAAACAACCAUUUCUACCAGGUGAGGUGAAAACCUUGAUGAUUCAGUUGCUACGAGGAGUCAAGCAUCUUCAUGACAACUGGAUACUUCACCGGGACCUGAAAACUUCCAACCUGCUGCUCAGUCAUUCAGGCAUUUUAAAAGUUGGAGAUUUUGGAUUGGCCCGAGAAUAUGGCUCUCCACUGAAGCCUUACACGCCAGUGGUCGUCACGCUUUGGUACAGGGCUCCGGAGCUGUUGCUUGGAGCCAAGGAAUAUUCAACAGCGAUAGACAUGUGGUCAGUAGGGUGCAUCUUCGGAGAGCUGUUAACUCAGAAACCGCUGUUUCCAGGGAAGUCAGAAAUCGACCAGAUUAACAAAGUUUUUAAGGACCUGGGUACUCCAAGUGAAAAAAUCUGGCCUGGUUACAAUGAGCUGCCAGCAGUAAAGAAGAUGACGUUCACAGAAUAUCCCUAUAACAAUCUGCGCAAGAGAUUUGGAGCGCUCCUCUCUGAUCAGGGCUUUGAUCUGAUGAACAACUUUUUGACGUACUACCCAGCCAGAAGAAUUACUGCUGAAGAUGGUUUGAAGCACGAGUAUUUCCGAGAGACUCCCCUUCCUAUUGACCCCUCCAUGUUUCCUACGUGGCCAGCCAAAAGUGAACAACAAAGGGUGAAACGUGGCACCAGCCCUCGACCACCCGAGGGAGGCCUGGGGUACAGCCAGCUGGGCGAUGAUGAUCUGAAAGACACCGGUUUUCAUCUGACCACCACGAAUCAAGGAGCAUCUGCUGCUGGGCCUGGUUUCAGCCUCAAGUUUUAGACUCGGUGUGAAGGGAGAAAAAACGAGAAGCAGACACGUGAGUGGAUUUGUGAGUGCCCCAGUUCUGUUCUUCACGUCAGGGAGACUAGAUGUUUUUCACAGGGGUAAAGUCAAAUGUCGUCCCAGAUUCAAAGACUUUUGCUGGGUGUGGAGUAUAACUGCUGCAUUCCAUUAGAGGACUGGAAUUAACAGGAGAAGCCAAGGAUCGUUACAAAAUUUGACAAAGGAGAACUUGAAGUACAAUCCUUGAACCGUUUUUUUUUCUUUUUUUUGGUUGGUCUUGUUGUUUUCUCCUUGUAAAUUUGUAGAAUUAAAAUACAUUUUUAAUUGUUUAACAGCGUGAAGGAUGUCAUUUCUUCACAUGCAGCAAACGUGGAUGUUGGUGACGUUAACUCUUCCAGAGUGGAAACUUGAGGAUUUUUUUUUUUAAUUCCUCUUUCCUCCCUCAGUCUGUGCUGACAUUGUGCGUUUUGUCAGUCCAGCAAAAGAACCUUUAUAUUUUUUUUAAAGUGAAGUAAGUUCUUUGUGUCUGAGUGUAGCUGUUUGGUCAAGAAAUCAUUGUGUUUAAGCUGUUUCUCUCCUGUUUUGUACCUUGGAGAGAGCUAAGCUGGGUUGGGCUCAACACUCACUGACGUUUUUGGGUGCACUACUGCUUUGCUGUGUUGUAUAAAUGUAUUUACAAUGGCACUGGAGCAAAAAAUGUACUAUAUUGUUUUAUAAAUCAAAAAAAAAUUAAUAUUGAAGCUUUA